GGGACAGGGGUUACCUGGGCAGGUGAGGGCGGGGCUUGGGUCAGGUGUGGCCGCGAGGGGGACGUUGCCCUCAUUGGCGCCGCGUCCUUGUCUGCUGCCUGCAACAAGAUGGCUUCCCCUUGGCUUGUUUUGCUGGUUCUCCUGGGGGGACAAGUGUCUUUGAGUGGAUCCUACCAAGUGACGACCCGCUCGCCUAAAGUGAGCGUGCGAGCUGGAGCAGCUGCCGACCUGUACUGUCAGUACUCUGCCGACUUUGGGGACCCCCGCGUGGAGUGGAAGUUCAAAGACCUGGAAGGAUCCUUCCGUCUCGUCUACUACAACAAGCAGAUCACUGACACUUACCAGGGCCGUGUAGACUUCUCUCCCGCUGCUCUCCACUUUGUGAAGACUCAAGCGACAGACAGCGGUGAAUACAGCUGUGAGGCGACCACACCCGACGGGGAAUACACCGACACCGUCAAGGUCGAGCUCGUCGUGCAGGUCCCCCCCGGGCAGCCCACGGCCAAUGUGCCCUCCUCGGUGGUCAAGGGCAGCAUGGUACAGCUGCAGUGCACGGAGACCACGGGCUACCCACCGCCCACCUUCCGCUGGUACCGCAACAACGUGUUGAUGCCCGAGAAAUCAGCUGCAAGUGCCAGCUUCCGCAACUCCACCUUCACCAUCCAGCCUGGCACGGGGAGCUGACCUUCGACCCAGUGAAAUCAGGCAGACAAUGGUGAAUACAUGUGUGAAGCCAGCAAUGGGGUGGGGCCACCCACCAAGAGCUCCCCCCUCAGCCUGCAAGUGUAUGAAAGCAACGUGGGGGGCAUCGUUGCCGGAGUGAUCGUGGCCCUCAUCAUCCUGGCCCUCAUCGGCGUCGCCAUCUGGUUCGCCUAUCGCAAGGGAUACCUGGGACGGAAAACAAGCGACAAGCCGAAGGUGAUCUACAGCCAGCCGCCCGCAGACACGACCGACGAUGGUGACUUCAGACAGAAAUCUUCGUUUGUUGUUUGAAUCAUUCGUGGAUUUCUUUGAACAUGUUAUUUGUGAAGAACUGAGGAUAGAAGAAAGUUUCAUUGAGCGCACUGCGGUUUUUAUAUUUUAAUAUAUCAUGGUUUUUGGAAUCAUCUGUUUCUCUACUUUUGUACUUGAAUUGACAUCGUGGAGGGAGCCCUGUGUAACUAGCCCGGGCCCUGGGCGUGUGUGACAGGACAAUGCAAGGAGAAGCUUCACUCUGUGUCUGUCCCCUGGGGACUCUGUGGACUGACGGUGUGCGAGUGGGGUUUACGUUGCAACGGGAUGGGGAUGGGCUUGCACUCGUCACUGGGAGUCACGAGAUGGGUUAUCACCAAAUCUGUUCAGCGCUCUUCCCACCCUCGCUCCUCUCUCAACACCCUUGUCCUGCAGCAAUAAUUGAAUAAAGUGUUCCUUAUCUCUA